CCGAGUCCUCAGAAGGAGGGACAUGUCCCCUAUCUCCCUCCUAGUGGUCCUCCUUGUCUGUGCUGCUUCAGCUGAUCAAGAGUCAUGCCAAGGCCGCUGCACAGAAGGAUUCAAUUCCAAAAAGAAGUGCCAGUGUGAUGAACUCUGCUCCUACUACAAAAGCUGUUGCAUAGAUUAUGCUGAAGUGUGUAAACUCAAAGUGACCCGUGGAGAUGUGUUUGACCUGCCUGAAGAUGAAUACCCGUUCUAUGAUCCUGACUUGGGAACCACGACUCGGGUCACUGACACCAGCAGCACCACCACUUCUAGCAGUGUCCAGGUUACCACCCAAGAUUCCUUUCAACACAUGGGACAGGAAGUCACCCAGAACACUGAUUUCAAUCCCGACUCAAUUUUGGACACUACUUUUAGUGUCCCUACUAUAACACUUGAAGAAGAAGAAGUGUGCAGUGGGAAACCUUUUGAUGCCUUCACUGAUCUCAAAAAUGGCUCCCUUUUUGCUUUCAGAGGGAAGUAUUGCUAUGAGUUGGAUGAAAAAAGUGUACUUCCUGGGUACCCCAAGCUGAUACGAGAUGUCUGGGGCAUUGAAGGGCCCAUUGAUGCUGCCUUUACUCGGAUCAACUGCCAGGGGAAAACCUACCUCUUCAAGGGCAGCUUGUAUUGGCGCUUUGAGGAUGGCAUCCUGGACUCAGGUUACCCAAGGAACAUCUCAGAUGGCUUCAAGAACAUUCCAGACGAUAUUGAUGCUGCUGUAGCCCUUCCUGCCCACAGUUACAGUGGCCGGGAGCGUGCCUAUUUCUUCAAAGGAAAGCAGUUCUGGGAGUAUGAGUUCAAGCAACAGCCCAACCAGGAGGAGUGUGAGGGGAGUGAGCUGUCCACAGUGUUUGAACACUUCGCUAUCCUGCAGCAAUAUUCCUGGCAGAGUAUCUUUGAACUCCUCUUCUGGAAUAGCGAAUCAGACCUUCAACAGGGGGCAAGUGGCCCUUGGUUCAUCAGUCAGGACUGGCAUGGGGUGCCUGACAGGGUAGAUGCUGCGAUGGCUGGUCGCAUCUACUUAUCCUCCUCAUCCACUCCCCGCUCUAAUUGGGCUAAGAAGCACAAGGCCAAGGCCAAGGCCAGGCAACGGAACCGCAAACGCUAUCGGAGCAGGAAGAGCCGUCUGCGCCAUUCCCGCCGCUCCAGGGACCUCUGGAGCUUGUUUUCUUCAGAAGAAGAUGGUGUAGACUAUGACCUGGAACUCAGCCUUGAUUGGUUCCAACCAUCCAAUUGCGAGCCCAUCCAGAGCAUCUAUUUCUUUGUAGGAGACAAGUAUUACCGGGUUAACCUUCGAACCAAGAAGGUGGAUUUUGUGGAUCCUCCGUACCCUCGUCCCAUCGCCCCGUACUGGUUGGGUUGUCCACCUCUGAGGGCUCUUAAAUAAAUGAACUGAGCCACCACAGCCCAAGUGCCUCUGGGGGUCCCCUCAAAUCCAGCCCAACCCAACAAGGAUUUAGAAAGGGAGUUCUCUGUUCAAGGCAUCGUGUUAGGCAUACGAAGAUCAAAGGAGAAAUUGUUCCCAUUAUUGUGUGCACUUUUAAUAAAGUCCUUUUGCUCCA